CCACCAGGUAUCAGAGAUGGAGGAAGUGGACUCGCAAGGAGAGGGGCCAAUGGCACUGAGAGAGGGAUCGAGUGGCCGCGGCAUACCGACGGAGACCGGCGGCACUUCCAAGACCACCACGACCACCAACCUGCUGGCUUCUGUUAAAGAACAGGAGCUGCAGUUUGAGCGUCUGACACGGGAGUUGGAGGAAGAGCGUCAGAUUGUGGCCAGCCAGCUGGAGAGGUGCAUGCUGGGAGCCGAGUCGCCAGUGGCAGACAGCAGCAGCUCGUCGGAGAAGUCGUUCGCCUGGAGAUCUCCGGGGGGCGACGCGCAGGGCAUAGCGGCAUCUGCAUGUCAAGGUCGUGGAAUGGAGGCGGAGGACGGACUCUACCCGGCCGAAGUGGACCGCGCAUCCCUGCAUGACAGUGAGGGCUCGGGGGGCCACUCGGCUCACGUGACGUCAUAUUCAGACAGCGGCUAUCAGGACAGCAGCGUCAGUUACUACAGCAACCAGAACGUGGUGCGUUCCGAGCCCCGUGCUUCCCUCUCCAGAAGUCCAAGAGCUGAGGGUCAAGCGUCCGGGCAGCCAUCUGGCCGGAUGCUGCGUAGGAUGUCGUCCCUCCCUUCCAGGAGCCAGUCUCCCGGCUGCGCCACGGCCGGCACCGUUUCACCCUCUCGCAUAUCAUUGCGAACAUCUCAAGGCAGCACCUAUGACUCGCCCAUCCUCUCCGAACCCAAACCGCUGGCGACGGUCUUCCCCGGCACCAGCGUGCCACCCUCCUGCCCGUCGCCCUCCUCCCCAGGCGACGGCAGAGGAGCGGGGGGUGCCGCCGGCCGUCUGGGUUCCACGCUGUCCCUCAUCGAGGGGCGGGUUUUGCUGGGCUCACCCCUGCGCUCCGGGAUGACGGCCGUACCGCAGCAUUACGGCUCCACGCUGCCCAGACAGAGUCAGUCCUUAGCCUACGGCGCUGACCCGUAUGGCCUGUACCAGAGGAGCGCCCUGCCCCGCCCUGACAGCCUCAUAGGCCUCCACAGCUCCUAUGCCGCCGGUCAGUCGGGCCAGAUUGACCCGGAGCUGAGGGCAGCGUUGUCUCCAGAUUCCCACAUGACAGCAGUUUUUGAUGAGCGCACCUUCCACAGCCCCUUGUAUCACAGCCCCUCCCAAGAACUGCAGGGCUCCCUCUACGGGACAGGUGCAGGUGUCGGGACCUUGCGGCGGACCACAAGCCAUUGCAGCACUCUGCCAUACCAAAGAAGCAGCUACGGACUAAACAAUGCGGCUGUGUACCUCGACUCCUUUGGGGUCCUUGGCGAGCCCGUCUACUCGCAUCAGCACUCGGAGCUGGUGGAGCGGAUGGUCACCCGCACGCCAUCCAUUGAGAGCAUCCACAAAGACCCCAGGGAGUUUGCGUGGCGUGACCCCGAGCUGCCGGAGGUCAUCCACAUGCUGCAGCAUCAUUUCCCGUCCGUGCAGGCCAAUGCGGCCGCUUAUCUGCAGCACCUGUGCUUUGGAGACAAUAUGGUCAAAGUUGAGGUGUGUCACCUCGGCGGCAUCCAGCACUUGGUGGAUCUGCUGGACAACAAGGCAGCUGAAGUGCAAAAGAGCGCCUGUGGGGCUUUGAGGAACCUGGUGUACGGGAAAGCCACUGACAACAACAAGGUGGCACUGAGGAACUGCGGGGGCGUGCCUGCACUCUUGCGCCUCCUCAGGAAAACAACAGACAAUGAAGUUCGGGAGCUGGUAACCGGGGUUUUAUGGAACCUGUCGUCCUGCGACGCGGUGAAGAUGACCAUCAUUCGCGACGCUCUGACCACAUUGACCAACACGGUGGUCAUCCCCCACUCAGGCUGGAGUAGCCUGUCACACCGUGAUCAACACAAGAUCAAGUUCCAAUCUUCUCUACUGCUGCGAAACACCACCGGCUGUCUGAGGAACUUGAGCUCGGCAGGGGAGGAGGCGAGGGGUCAGCUGCGCUGCUGUGAGGGUUUGAUAGACUCUCUGCUUCACGUCCUGAAAGCCUGUGUCAAUACCUCUGACUUUGACAGCAAGAUUGUGGAGAACAGCGUGUGCACACUGAGGAACCUCUCCUACCGGCUGGAGGUGGAGAUGCCAUCCUCUCGUCUCCUCGGCAACCAGGAGCUGGACACCCUCUUGGGGUUCUCCUCCACGGCCAAGGAGUUAGACUACAUCUGCUGGGGGAAGAGGAGGCGCGGUAGGAAGAGGACAGACUGGCCGGAUGAAAAAUGGGACGGCACGGGGCCCAUUCCGGGCUUUUCUUCGUCUCUGAGGGGCGCCGAGCUGCUGUGGCAUCCAUCGGUGGUCAAAGCGUACCUCAACUUGCUGGCCGAGAGCUCAAACGCCGCCACGCUGGAGGGGGCCGCCGGCUCGCUGCAAAAUCUCUCCGCUGGAAACUGGAAGUUCUCGGCCUACAUCCGAGCGGCCGUGCGCAAGGAGAAAGGUUUGCCCAUCCUGGUGGAGCUGCUGAGGAUGGACAAUGACCGAGUGGUCUGCUCCGUCGCCACCGCCCUCCGCAACAUGGCGCUGGAUGCACGCAACAAGGAGCUAACAGGAAAGUACGCCAUGCGGGAUCUGAUCAACCGGCUUCCCGGCGGAAAUCCCUCGGUGCUGUCGGAUGACACGGUGGCGUCCGUCUGCUGCACCCUGCACGAGGUCACCAGCCACAACAUGGAGAACGCCAAAGCUCUGGCCGACAGCGGAGGCAUCGAGAAGCUGGUGGACAUCAGCAAAGGACGAGGCAAAGGGUACUCUAUGAAGGUCAUGAAGGCAGCUGCUCAAGUGUUGAACACGCUGUGGCAAUACCGAGAGCUGAGGACUCUCUACAAACAGGACGGCUGGAACUACACUCACUUUAUCACGCCGGUUUCCACUUUGGAGCGAGACCGCUACCGCUCGCAGCCGACGCUCCCCACCAGCCCCAUGCACAUGCCCCCCGUCAUCCAAUCCGGUGGUAGCGCCACAUCCUCGCCGGCGAUGCUGGGCAUCAGGAGGCACAGCUCCAACUACCCGAGAGAGACGUCAUCUAUGCAAGUGGACUCGUACUACGGAGAGAACACUUUACGCAGGCAUCACUACCCAGGGUCUGAGAAGAAAAACACCUAUUUCAUUGGCACAUACAGCUCCCAGUCUGGAGAUGAGCUAAGAAGGGCCCAGCACCCGGAGCCUUUCUACGAUGAACCGGACAGGAAGAACUACAACCAGCUAUACCUGUCGUCCCCGCAGGAUUACGGAGUGGAGCAGUAUGAGGACGACCCGGUCCAUCUGACGCCGUCCUCCCCCGACGGCUACGCCGGCCAGCCGCUCCGCUUCAAAAGCAACACCAACUAUGUGGACUUCUACUCCACCACACGGAGGCCUUCAAACAGGGCCAACAAGUUCACCGGUUCGCCCGACUCCUGGGUGUAGACGAUUGCCCGUCGACGGACUGCUGAGAAGGUCCGGCAAAUGUUCAACCACGUGUUCUUAGUAGUCCUUAGUCCUAAAAUGUGAAACAAAAUGGCAGCAGUUUGAAUUUGUCUCAUGACGAUUAGCGUGAGAAGUCCAAAAAUCUUCUCGAGGCUCAAUGAAAGGUGCUCGGAAAAAGUCUGACUUGGAUCCGCUGCCCGUCGAUGAGGCGAGAACUCGUCGCUUUCAUGUCUGUUGGCAAAAAGUGAAGUAGUGUAUCUUAAAGUAUGUGGAGAAAUGUCUAUUUGUACAAAUACAACGUUGGCACUGUCAUGUUGAAUUGUUGUAUUCAAUCUGUAGAACUUUAUAUGUGACCACGUGAGAAAGUUUUAUAUUAUUUAUCAAUUGUUUCUCAUGAUACCUGUGACCUGGCCAAGCUAACAAAGCUGACUAUUCUGUUCAAAACCGCCGAUGAAGAUUAUGUGCAAUGUUACAAAUGGAAAUACUGUAUAUGAGUAAUGAAAAUCAUGUGACAAAAAAUAUGAAAUAAACACUUGGAAA